AUGCACAACCUUCUCGAGCAACAUCAAGAACAUAUCUGUACUUUCUUCAGAUCGUCAUCAUCCUUCACUGAAACAAGGCCAAUCACAACAUCAACAACACAUAAACCAUGUCACGCUCCUACGAUCGUGCCUUGACGGUUUUCUCGCCAGACGGACAUUUGUUCCAAGUAGAAUAUGCAUUAGAAGCAGUGAACAAGGGAACAUGUGCAGUCGGUGUAAAGGGAAAAGAUGUUGUUGUUUUGGGAGUUGAAAAGAAAUCAGUUUUACAAUUACAAGAUCCAAGAACGAUCAGAAAGACUGCAAUGUUGGAUGAUCAUGUUUGUUUGGCUUUCGCAGGAUUAACAGCAGACGCAAGAAUUUUGAUCGAUAAAGCAAGAAUUGAAUGUCAAUCACAUCGUUUAACCGUUGAAGAUCCGGUAACGAUUGAUUAUAUCACUCGUCAUGUCGCAGGUAUUCAACAACGUUAUACACAAUCUGGUGGUGUCAGACCUUUUGGAAUUUCUACUUUGAUCAUUGGAUUCGAUCAAAGUGAAUCUAUACCAAGACUAUAUCAAACCGAGCCAAGUGGAAUGUAUAAUGCAUGGAAAGCAUGUGCGAUCGGAAGAUCAAGCAAAACUGUUCGUGAAUUCCUGGAGAAGAAUCAUGAAGAUAACAUGUCAAAAGAUCAAACAAUCAAACUUGCUAUCAAGAGUUUAUUGGAAGUCGUUCAAACAGGAGCAAAGAAUAUCGAAAUCGCUUUGAUGGAAGGUCAUGGUAAAGUUCGCAAUCUAGAAUUGGCAGAAGUAGAAGCAGUCGUAAAAGAAAUCGAAACUGAACGUGAAGCAGAAGCAGAAAGGAGAAGGACACGAUUGGCCGCCACAGCAGGCGCACAAGCUUCUAUGGCAUCAGGUGUAGGCGAAUGAGCAACGCAUCUCUUUGUACAUAUACGAUCAUAACAGUCAAUAUAACGCAGUAAGACCUAAAUUGAGCUACGAUUGUCUGAUUAUGCUGGUACAGAU